CAAAUCUCGCUGCUUGGGGGCGUGGCCAGGUCGAGGUGGGUGUUGUUUCCGCUUCCUCGCUGUCAGUCUCCUCGAUGGUGGUGAGAUGGCCACUCCCUGUGAGCGAUUGCUUCUGGUUUUGCUUGCUUCCCAAGGCCUUCUAUUCACGGCAAGUGCUUACAACGAGGAGGACGAUACGCCGGAAGAAUGGCUUCUCCUCCACGUGGUUCACGGUCAAAUCGGCGCCGGGAACUACAGCUACUUAAGACUGAACCACGAAGGGAAAAUCAUUCUUCAGAUGCAGAGCUUGCAAGGCGAUGCAGACUUGUAUGUGUCCGACGUGACCCUUCACCCCAGUUUCGACGAUUACGAGCUGCAGUCCGUCACUUGCGGACGGGAUGUGGUGUAUGUCCCUGAGCACUUUCGCCGCCCGGUGGGGAUAGGGAUCUACGGCCACCCGUCUCACCGGGAGAGCGAAUUCGAGAUGAAGGUUUUCUACGAUCCGACCGUUGUGCACUCGCCGUUUAGUGGCGGCUCCUACAAUCCGGAAGAGAUGGAAAUGAGCCGCAAGCAUCCUCCGUCAACGGAAGACAACUCUCAGGACGAAGAAUCGGUCUUCUGGACUAUACUGAUCGGGAUACUCAAGCUAAUCCUUGAAAUCCUCUUUUAGCUUUAUAGACGUGCGCUUUUUUCGGUGGGGAUUGGGUGGGGUGAUCAACACGUAAAAACUGAAUGAAGACUGUUCUUUGAACAUUAGUACUAACUGGUGUGUCUUGUGGUGGGGAAGGGAAAAUAAAGCCAUAACUGAUUUUUGUAUUGUAAUCUUUGGCCAGAGAGCGAUGCUGUAGUAUUUUUUACAGUUCACUGAUCAAGGUUGAAGAUUACGAAUGUUCUAAUUCACUGUGACUUUGAAUAAAGUUUUAUUUUCUAUAUGAA